AAAAGAUGGAUCUUCCAACUGUACUGUUGCAAGUUGAAGAAGCUUGUGCUGACUUGCAGGUACCAUCUACCCGUCAUGCGGGUGAGCAAGUCAUUAUGAGCUUUAAACAGAUGUCGGGAAACUUGGACGCACGCCAAUAUAUUCUUGCAUACACAAUCCCAUGUUGUACAAUUUUACAUGGCGUUAUCGGUGAAAGAAUCCGUGAUUCGAGAUUACGUUUUGUAUUCGAAGGAAUAUUUGUCGAAUUUAAAGAAUUGGUUGUUGAAUUAUUUCUCGCGAUAUAUGUCCAAAAACAAAUCCUUCAUGCUAUUUCAGUCAUGAUCAAAAGAAGCCUUGAUGAUUUUCAUGAAAUUAAAAAACGAUCAAUAUUGAUACAAAUUCAGGAGCUUGUGACAAUGGAUGGUUACAACCGACAAGUUGGUGUUGCUUUAGCCAAUGAAUUGGUUGAUGAAUUUUCCACAACAAAAGCAAGCAACGUUGGCCUUCCUUGGGAUUUUCAUAAAAAAACUAAAGAAUUCUUUGAA